CCCAGUUAAGCCCAGCUCGCAGUCGGAUCGUCCAGAUCGGGGUUUUUAUUUCUUCUUCCCCGCUCCGAGAAGAAAAGCAGCUCUAGGCAGCUCCCUGCAAAAACCCUAGGUUUACCUCCGCCACCAAACGCCUCCACGAUGAAGCUCGUCAGGUUUUUGAUGAAGCUGAACAACGAGACGGUGACCAUCGAGCUCAAGAAUGGCACCACCGUCCACGGCACCAUCACCGGUGUUGACAUCAGCAUGAAUACUCAUCUGAAGACUGUGAAGCUCACAUUGAAAGGGAAGAAUCCUGUUACCCUUGAUCACCUUAGUGUUAGGGGAAACAACAUUCGCUAUUAUAUCCUUCCUGACAGCUUAAACCUGGAGACUUUGUUGAUUGAGGAAACACCAAGGGUGAAGCCUAAGAAGCCUACUGCAGGGAAACCUAUGGGGCGUGGGCGCGGCCGUGGUCGUGGGCGCGGUCGUGGCAGGGGACGCUGAGCUUUCUUAUCUUCGUUGGAAAUUUUGCACUGCAUGCUUCUGUGCAAUGUAAUCUUCUCUCUUGCCAGUUGUACGGAGUAAUAUUCUUAUGAGCCAAGAUGUUGAUGCCAGCUGUUCUUGCUGUGCGUUUUAUGUUGGUGUUCGACCUGAUGUUCAAGAGAAUGCUAGCUCGCAUUGUCAGUUUACUGUGUAAUGAUGCUCUUCUCACUCUUGCAAAUGUCGUCAAUUACAUCUCUGUUUCACAAUGCAA